AUGCAGUGGGGAUGGACCGGGGCGUUGCUGGCCUGGUUCGCAACCACCGCAUCCUGCUGGCCUUACGAUGAGAAGUUCGUUGGUUACAACCUCAAUGAGAACAAAUCGGCGACCAAUCCGGUCGAAUAUUGGGGCGAAUGGCCGGACCAUCAGGGGAAAUACUUCCCCUCCCCGGAUAACUGGCGGUUCCCCUUUUAUACUCUGUUCCUGGACCGUUUCGUGAACGGGGACCCCACUAAUGAUAAUAUCAACGGCACACUGUUUGAGCACGAUCUCUCAUCCAACCAGAUGCGUCACGGUGGUGAUGUCGCUGGUUUGUUAGAUACGUUGGACUACCUGCAGGGCAUGGGAAUCAAGGGCAUUUAUCUCGCCGGAACGAUCUUGUUGAACCAGCCUUGGGGCUCUGACGGUUAUUCGGCCCUGGAUACUACGCUUCUGGAUCAGCAUUUCGGCAACCUUGAUCUGUGGCGUAAGGCUAUUACCGAGAUCCAUCGUCGGGGAAUGUAUGUGGUGUUCGAUAACACCAUUGCUACCAUGGGUGAUUUAAUCGGUUUCGACGGAUAUCUCAAUACAACCACUCCCUUCACGGUCAAGGAACACAAGGCUCUGUGGAAGACGAACCGUCGGUACGUCGACUUCGACAUCGGCAACAACUACAAUGAGACAUGCGAUUACCCCCGGUUCUACUUCGAGGAUGGAACGCCGCUCGACGCUAAGGAUGCCAAUACUCUGGUGGGCUGCUAUGACAGCGAUUUCGACCAAUAUGGUGAUAUCGAAGCCUUCGGUGUCUUCCCGGAUUGGCAGCGUCAGUUGGCCAAGUUCGCCUCCGUGCAGGACCGUCUGCGUGAAUGGCGGCCCAGCGUGCGCGAUCGUCUGAUCCGCCAUUCGUGCAUGAUCAUCCACCAGCUGGAUAUCGACGGCUUCCGCUACGAUAAGGCGACGCAAGCCACCGUGGAUGCGCUCGGCGACAUGUCCAUGGCAUACCGUGAGUGCGCUCGCAGCGUUGGCAAGAAGAACUUCUUCAUCUCCGGUGAAAUCACCGGAGGUGAUUACUUCGGUGCCAUCUACCUGGGUCGCGGUCGGCUAGCGCAUCAAUGGCAGAGCCUUUCACCAGCCCAAGGCCCGAAGAUGACGAAUGAGUCCGAAGCGCAGUAUUUCCUGCGGGAGGCCGGGCAUGAGGCCAUUGAUGCCGCUGCCUUCCACUAUUCCAUCUAUCGUACCCUCACUCGCUUCCUGGGCAUGGACGGCAAUCUUGCGGCAGGCUAUGAUGUUCCCGCGGACUGGGUGCAAGCAUGGAACCAGAUGCUCCAAUCGAAUGACUUUGUCAACGCCAACACGGGCAAAUUCGACCCGCGACACAUGUACGGUGUCACUAACCAGGAUGUCUUCCGCUGGCCGACCAUCCAAUGGGGUCGGGAACGGCAGCUGCUGGGCGGUUUUGUGACUACGCUGCUGCUACCAGGUAUUCCCCUGUUGCUCUGGGGCGAGGAGCAGGCCUUUUACAUCCUCGAUGCCACGGCGGGCAACUACAUUUACGGUCGUCAGGCCAUGUCUCCUGCCACCGCGUGGCGGGACCAUGGCUGCUUCAACUUGCAGUCCUCACAGUACUACCACUGGCCCAUUGAGAAAGGGCUCCACGGCUGUGAGGAUGACACUGCCGCGUAUGACCACCGUGAUCCCUCACACCCCAUGCGCAACAUCUACAAGCACAUGUACCAGCUGCGCACGCAGUUCCCGGUGCUGAAUGACGGCUAUUAUCUGGAGACUCUUGAUAAACACACCGAGGAAGUACUGUAUCCCGGUUCCAACAAGACCACCACAGAGACCGGCAUCUGGUCCAUCAGGCGCGACAUCAACUCAGAAGUCCAGAAUUUUGGCUCCGCGGACAAGAACACCCCGAUCUGGCUGGUCUUCCAUAAUGUCAACCGCACGGUGCCCUACACCUUCGACUGCAAGACGGCAAACAAGACGCUGAAUUCCCCUUUCCCUUCGGGCCAGAAAGUCAAGAACCUGUUCUACCCGUUUGACGAACAGACUCUGGUAGAUGGAGUGUUGCACCAGGGAGGCAACAAGAUCGGUUACCUGAAUAAGACGGUUACGGUGGGCUGUCUGCCCCAGAUCAGCCUCGACCGGUACGAAUUCCGGGCCUAUGUCCCCAUCGACCUGCAUGUCAAGCCGCGACCCAUGAUCACGGGCUUCACCCCCGGUCAUGAUGUAGCUCUCCAUUCCAAGGUGGCGCCCGAUGCCUCCGAAGACGUGGAAAUCGAAAUCUUCUUCUCCGAGGAGAUGGAUUGCGAUGCCGUGACCAAGGCCAUUUCCCUGAAAUCCUCUACCGAGACCCGCAAUGUCCCCUUCAUCAAAGCCAAUUCUGCCACCUGUGGGGCUGUGAAGCUCGUCAAACCCGAAUUGACCGGCCAGAUUCCCAGCACCUGGUCAUGGAAAGCCACACUGACCGGUGUCUACAACGGUGUCCACAAGGUGACGGUUGGUAAUCCCUCCAACAAGAACAACGGGACCACCGGUGCCGUUGACCACUUCCUCUUCCGCACGGGGCAAAUCGAUAAUCCGAUGGUCUUCUCCACCGCCAACUACUCGACCAGUUUGCUGCACGAAAUGGAAAAUGGCACCCUGUUCAUCCAGCAUCACGCUGCUGGCGCCGACAUGUACCGUUAUUCGACCAACUGGGGCACCACAUUCUCAGACUGGCAGCCCUACGCCGGUGGUAAUGACACCAUCGAUGUGCUCCCGUGGUCUGGCACCAAGACCCAGGGGUGGGAUGGCAAGCAUGUGCGCGUUGAAUACUGGAGCGGCCUGACAGGCAGCAGUGACUAUUACCAGGAGGGCGACGUGGACUGGAACACCAAGGUACCCCGUCGGUUCCCGCACAUGUUCUUCAACGGACCGUACAACCAGUUCGGUUACGAUGGGGGCUUGGACAAUCGGAUCCGGCAGGACCCCAACAGCGGUCUCUGGCGAUUCCAUUUCAUGUCGGAGUGGCCCGCACGCGCCCAGGUGAACAUCUGGGGUAUGAACCCGGACGGCUUGCCAGAUCAGAGUGCUGUUCUGGGUGACCUCGACGGUGACCUCAUCCUGGACCGCAUGCCUCCCUCGUCGUUGGAAGCGACGCUGCUCAACGUCUCCAUCCCGCCCGCCCCCCAUCUCGCUUGGGAACUCUUCAUCAACGAUGGCACGCGGCGCUACCAGUUUGUCCCUGUGGGUGACCAGUCCGCCCAGAUGGCCCUGUACGUUCUUUUCUGGAUCAUCCCGCUGCUCACCGGUUCCGCGUGCGUCUACGUCUUCAUGAAAUCCUUCUACCAGAUCAAGUUCAACCAAGUCGGUGUCAGCGAGAAGCGCUCCUUGAUCCCCCUGGCCCUGCGCCGCAAGUUGAAACGCGCCCGCAAUGGCGAUGGUGAGGCGAUGAACCCGCUCAUGCGUCUGGCCAACAAGUCCGGUUUCCUCCAGAGCUCCACCGCGCUGGCGGGUUCCGCCGCCGUCCCCAAGCGCCGCAUGGUGCUGAUCGCCACGAUGGAGUACGAUAUCGAGGACUGGGCCAUCAAGAUCAAGAUCGGUGGUCUUGGUGUCAUGGCGCAGCUGAUGGGUAAGACCCUCGGCCACCAGGACCUGAUCUGGGUCGUGCCCUGCGUCGGCGGCGUGGACUACCCCGUCGACCAACCGGCCGAACCAAUGGUGGUCACUAUCCUGGGCAAGCCGUACGAGGUGCAGGUGCAGUACCACGUCCUGCAGAACAUCACCUACGUCCUCCUGGAUGCGCCCGUUUUCCGCCAGCAGUCCAAGUCUGAACCGUACCCACCGCGCAUGGACGAUCUGGACAGUGCCAUCUACUACUCCGCGUGGAACCAGUGUAUCGCUCAGACCAUCAAGCGGUUCCCCAUCGAUCUCUACCACAUUAACGAUUACCACGGUUCCCUGGCGCCGCUGUAUCUGCUGCCUCAAACCAUCCCCGCCUGUCUGUCGCUGCACAACGCCGAGUUCCAGGGUCUCUGGCCCAUGCGUACGGAGAAGGAGAAGGAGGAAGUGUGCUCCGUCUUCAACCUGGACAAGGAAGUCACCCGCCGGUACGUCCAGUUCGGCGAAGUGUUCAACUUGCUGCACUCUGGUGCCAGUUACCUCCGUGUGCACCAGCAGGGCUUCGGUGCCGUCGGUGUGUCCAAGAAAUACGGUAAACGGUCGUACGCGCGUUACCCCAUUUUCUGGGGUCUGAAGAAGGUCGGCAACCUGCCCAACCCUGAUCCGUCCGAUAUUGGCGAGUGGAACCGCGAGCAGGCCCUGGCCAAGGGCGAAGACCCGCCCGUCGAUGAGGACUUCGAGGCUGGACGUGCCGAGCUCAAGCGCCAGGCGCAGGAGUGGGCUGGUCUCGAGCAGAAUCCCGAUGCCGACUUGCUGGUGUUCGUGGGUCGUUGGUCCAUGCAGAAGGGUGUGGAUCUGAUUGCCGAUGUCAUGCCCGCUGUCCUCGAGGCCCGUCCCAACGUCCAGCUGAUCUGCGUUGGCCCCGUCAUCGAUCUGUACGGCAAGUUCGCCGCCCUGAAACUCGAUCGCAUGAUGAAGGUCUAUCCCGGCCGUGUCUUCUCCCGUCCCCAGUUCACUGCUCUGCCUCCCUACAUCUUCUCUGGUGCCGAGUUCGCCCUGAUUCCCUCCCGUGACGAACCCUUCGGUCUGGUCGCCGUCGAGUUCGGCCGUAAGGGUGCUCUCGGUAUCGGUGCUCGUGUCGGUGGUCUCGGUCAGAUGCCCGGUUGGUGGUUCAAUGUCGAGUCCAUGUCCACGUCGCAUUUGCUGCACCAGUUCAAGCUGGCCAUCGAAAGCGCGCUGAACUCCAAGCCUGAUGUCCGUGCUAAGAUGCGCGCCCGUUCCGCCAAGCAGCGUUUCCCCGUUGCCCAGUGGAUUGAAGAUCUCGAGAUUCUGCAAGGCACCUCCAUCCGCAUCCAUAACAAGGAGGCCACCAAGUCCAACAACCGGCCCCUGACUCCGACCGGCCCUACGACUCCGAGCGGUCUCAUGAUCCCGCGGGGCUUCGGCACCGUGGCCCCCUCGCUGCCAGGCAGCGGUGCUCAAUCCCCUGUCGGCCCGGACUCGCGUGACGCCAGCUAUGUCAAUCUGAGGCAGCUCUCCGAGGUUGGUCCUCAGCAGCGCGAUACUUUUGUCUCCUACAGCAAGGACACUGGCCGCGAGAUGACCGAGAAGCCUGUGCCCGGAUUGAGCCGCAAACUGUCGCUGGGUGUGCGUUCCGGACCGGGCCAUUUGAACCGGCCCGGUCGUAACGGGCAGCAGGGUCUUUCUGCCCCCAAUCGCACCGACGGCGCGGAUGUCUCCGACAUCGAGGAGGAAAGCGAUGAUGACGACUAUAUCGAUGCCUACUACGGCGACGAUGAAUACACCCUCACGCCGGAGCAGGCCGAAGAAGGCCGCCGGCUGCAGAACGGCCAGAACCGUCCCGAGAGUGGCCGUGGCACUCCCCGAGAGCUCACCCGUUCGGCGCAGUUCCCCACCAGCCCAAUGGCCCCGACUGCGGACAUGGGUCUGGCGCCUCCUAGCCGCCCCUUCCUGGAGCCCGGCAACCGCAUGAGCAGCGCGUCCGUGCUGUCCGUCGAUUCCAUUGUUGGGGACAAGAAGGACUUCAAGCUGCAAAAGGUCGACCCGUUCUUCACCGACAGCCACGGCGAGUACUCGCGGUCGUUCGAGAAGAGUCUCGAGGUGCUGUCCGGAUCCAACUCCGAGUCGCAGCUGUGCAUCGAGGAGUUCCUGGUUAAGAGUGAGAAGGAAUGGUUCGACAAGUUCCGCGACGCCAAGCUGGGUCGUUUGAACUCGCCGGCGCCGUCUGUCUUCCGCGGCAAACGGGGCCCGUCGCCUGUCGACUCGUACUUUGGCGACGACGCGUCCUCGCGCAUGAGCCCGGACAACGACGAACGCUCGCAGGAGGAGGAGGACGACGAGUUCCUGCUGGGCAAGGACUACGUGCCCCCCACGGGCUUGCGCAAGUGGAUGCAGCUGCGCAUCGGCGACUGGCCUGUGUACUCGAUCUUCUUGGGCUUGGGUCAGAUCAUGGCGGCCAACUCGUACCAGAUCACGCUGUUGACGGGUGAAGUUGGUCAGACUGCGGAGAAGCUGUACGGGAUCGCAACAACCUACCUGAUCACCUCGAUCCUGUGGUGGUUCGUCUUCCGGUACUUCAAGUCGAUCGUCUGCCUCUCGACGCCCUGGUUCCUCUACGGCCUGGCCUUCAUGCUCAUUGGGUUCGCGCACUUCGAAAAGGACGAGUUCACCCGCGGCUGGAUCCAGAACGUCGGCAGCGGCUUCUACGCGGCCGCGUCCAGCAGUGGUUCCAUCUUCUUCGCGCUCAACUUUGGUGACGAGAGCGGUGCCCCCGUCAAGGAAUGGGUCUUCCGCGCCUGUCUGAUUCAGGGCACGCAGCAGGCCUAUGUCAUCGCCCUCUGGUACUGGGGUUCGACGCUCACCAAGGCGUCCAGUCAGGGCCUCCUGAGCCCUGAGGACAACAUCGCCAACACGUGGAAGAUGACGGCCAUCUGUGCCCCCAUUGCCAUCCUCCUGUGGGCCAUCGGCCUGCUCAUGUUCUUCGGACUGCCCAACUACUACCGCCAGAGUCCCGGCAAGGUGCCCUCGUUCUAUCGGUCCGUGUUCCGGCGCAAGAUCGUGCUGUGGAAUUUCGUCGUGGUCAUCAUCCAGAAUUGGUUCCUGAGCGCACCCUACGGUCGCAACUGGGGCUUCCUCUGGGGCUCCGCGCACACACACAACUGGCAGAUCGUCAUUCUCUGCAUCGUCUUCUUCGGCUUCGUUUGGGCCGCCUUCCUCUUCAUCCUCAGCCACCUGUCCAAACAACACAGCUGGAUCCUGCCGGUCUUCGCCUGCGGUCUGGGCGCCCCUCGCUGGGCCCAGAUCUGGUGGGGUGUAUCCGGCAUCGGCUACUACCUGCCAUGGGUUGGCGGCGGGUCCACGGCGGGCGCGCUGGCGUCACGGUCCGUGUGGCUGUGGCUCGGCGUGCUGGACGCGAUCCAGGGCCUGGGCUUCGGCAUGAUCCUGCUGCAGACGCUGACGCGUAUGCACAUGUGUUUCACGCUCAUCGUGUGCCAGGUGCUGGGUUCGAUUGCGACGAUCUGCGCGCGGGCCUUUGCGCCCAACAACACGGGACCCGGGCCGAUCUCGCCGGACAUCACGAAGGGUGCGUCGGCGCUGGCGAACGCGUGGUUCUGGAUUGCGUUGAUCUUCCAGCUCCUUAUCUGUGCUGGCUUCCUGCUCUUCUUCCGCAGAGAACAGCUGUCCAAACCCUGA